AUGGAUCAAAUCAAAAAUCAUUCUCUGGGCGACUUCCAGCUUCAAAGUGGCAGCAUACUGCCCAACGCCUCAAUUGCGUAUAAGGCAUUCGGCGAUCCAACAUUGCCCGCGGUUCUGUACCCCUCAUGGUUCUCUGGGGCAAUCUCAGACAACGAGUGGCUCAUUGGGAAAGACAAAACCCUCAAUCCAGAGCGUUAUUUCAUCAUCAUAACAGCUCUCUUCGGAAAUGGCCAAUCCACAAGCCCUUCCAACUCGGAUAUUAGUCCCUUCCCCGACAUCUCGUUCUAUGAUAACGUCAAAGCACAGCAUCAGUUGCUGACACACCUCGGUAUCACACAUAUACGGGCAGUUCUAGGAUGGUCCAUGGGUGCCGCGCAGAGCUUCCAGUGGGCAACACAAUUCCCCGACUUUAUGGACAUAUGCGUUCCCUUUUGCGGCUCAGCAAGGACCUCUCUCCACAACCAGGUCUUCCUCGAGGGUGUCAAGUCAGCGCUUUUAGCAGCCAAAGGCGUUAGCUCGGCUGGAAGUAUCCAAGGCAGAGUCGAGACCGACAGCAAGGAUAGGAAAUGGUCUGACAAGGAGAAAGAAGUCGGACUCAAGGCCUUUGGAAGAGGAUACGCCGGCUGGGGUUUCUCGCAGGCAUUUUAUCGCCACGAGCUUUUCAAGAAACACUACAAUGCUUCGGAUCUUGAGACGUUCAUGCGGGAUUUCUGGGAGAAGUGGGCGCUCAGCAAAGAUCCUGAGAAUUUACUUGUGAUGCUACAAACGUGGCAGAGCGGGGAUGUGAGCAAGCAGGAGCCUUACAAUGGCGAUUUCGAAAAGGCCUUGGCGGGGAUCAAGGCAAGGAUCCUGGUUCUGCCAAGCAAGACUGAUUUAUACUUUCCGCCUGAGGACUCUGAGUAUGAGGUAAGCUGCAUGGGGGAUAAUGCAGAACUUGAUGUGUAUCCGUCGAUUUGGGGACAUUGGGCUGGGGGUCCUCCUGGGAAUAUGGAGGAUGUGAAAUGGUUGGAUGAGAGACUGCAGAAGGUCUUUGAAGAAGCGCCGCGUAGAGAUUAG